GAGAUGCAGCACUACAACAACAACUAUUACUACUAUUACAACUACAACUUGAGCUAUGAGCCGCCAGAGGAUCGAUCAAUGGGCGGCGGGGGUAAACGAGGCGGACGUCGCCUGCAGCAGCUGGUGCGAAGGACGCGGUACGAGCUGCAGCAAUGGCCGCUGCUCAUGCAGCUGCUCCUGUUCGUUCUUUGGCUAAAUGCCAAAUUCUGGCAGCUGGUCAACGAACAGGUCACCUACCGUCGCAGAAGGUGGCAUUGAGGAGGGGCGACUGGCGGCAGCAGGACAUCGGGUGUUGCUUGGUAUGAGUUCGAUCUAGGCUUAAGUUGUGAAAAUUAUGCCCACAGUCUUUACAAUCUCAUCUCAAUAAAAUUAAUCAAAAUGCGCUGCGUAGUGGAAGCAGCGAACCACA